ACUGAGUGGACGAAAGUGUGUGGGCUACAAUAAUUGGCACCACCUCUUUAACUGGAGUCACCGACUGAUUAAGCACCGGAACUUUCUUGAUUAAGUCAGUUUGUUCCUCUCUAAAAAUUACACCGUCGACGAGUAUUGUUCCCGCCAGCCGCUGCAGAGAAACAGCCGGCUGAGAUCCACCGGGGACGGCGCCGGAAGGAGAAGAAAGACAGUAGUAGAACGGUGAUGGAGGCAGAAGCGGCAGCAGCUUCCGAGCUGGCUCUCGCCGACACCAACAUUAAUUGGGACAGGCUGGACAAGACGAGGUUUCACGCGUUUGGAGCCGUACUGUUUACCGCGCAGCAAGGGCUGCUCCACCCAACGGCGGUGGUGAAGACCAGAAUGCAAGUGGCCGACGGAGGGAUUCCCCAAAUGCGGGGGUUUUCCGUGUUCAAAAGCAUACUGAGGAGCGAUGGAAUUGCAGGGGCUUACAGAGGGUUUGGGACAUCUGCGGUUGGAUCGCUGCCUGGCAGGGUUUUGGCACUGACAUCCCUAGAAGUCUCCAAGGACAUGACCCUGAAAUACAUGGAGAAAUUCGAUAUGCCGGAGGCCACCAGGCUCGGCAUUGCAAAUGGGGUGGCAGGCAUGUUGUCGAAUCUAGUUUCUUGUGGCUACUAUGUGCCUUUGGAUGUGGUGUGCCAAAGGCUAAUGGUGCAAGGGCUUCCGGGGACAACAGUCUGCCACGGGCCACUAGAUGCCAUGCGCAAGGUCAUCAAAUCGGAAGGGCUUCGAGGCUUAUAUAGAGGUUUCGGACUAACUGCAUUGACUCAAUCCCCAGCUUCUGCUCUGUGGUGGGGUGCUUAUGGUGCUGCCCAACACCUUAUCUGGAGUGGCUUAGGAUAUGGAGAUGAAUUAGCGGAGAAGAUGGAGAAACCAUCUCAUGUUGAGAUGAUUACAGUUCAGGCUGCAGCAGGGAUGGUAGCAGGUGCUUGUUCGUCAGUGAUCACUACACCUGUGGACACUGUCAAGACGAGACUCCAGGUGAUGGACAACUAUGGUGGCGGGAGGCCUUCGGUGAUGAAGACAGUGAAGAACCUUGUUAAGGAAGAUGGAUGGUGGGGUUUCUAUAGAGGGUUUGGACCGCGAUUCCUGAACAUGUCGUUGUAUGGCACUACCAUGAUUGUUACGUACGAGCUCAUAAAGAGACUUUCGGUAAAGCAAAGGAAUUAAACUGGAGACAGGAUCAGAUUUCAUUUGCCUGCCAAACUCGGCCAUUUCCUCUUGUAUUGUAAUUUCACACUCUAUUACUUGCUCCUGUAUUAUUCUUUGACUGUGAUAAUGAUGCUGAUUAGAGGGCUUGAUUCAUAUUCACAAAUGCUUGUGUCUCUGUGGAACGAAUUUUCCAGAAUAAUAGAAAAAGGAUUUAUGCAUACAGCAUAUAUGCUUUUUUGUUACUUGUUUUAGUCGACGGCAGGUUCCUUGUUUUAGUCGACGACAGGCGAAGCUGCCGUCGCACCCUGGUCGCCUCAAAAAAUUAAUUAAUUACUUAUUAAAUGAAGGGAAAACUGAAAAAUGUAAAAGGAAUAAAAAAAAAGGAAAAGAAAGAAGGCUCGGUGGAUGAAAAAUUAGAUUCAGAUUCAGAAGGAGGGCUAUAAACAUAAAUAAAUCUGGGGAUCGAAAGCACUCCGUCCCCCGAUUUGUUCCCCUCUCCUUCCUGACCACUGCUAUAACUGCGCUUUUUUCUCUGCGAGGGAAGGGAAAAGGGAGGUUGGGAAUCAACUUCGUUUCUCCACCGUCCAUCUACAGAAUCCGAAGACGUCAAUUUCAAGCCCUGUUCAACCAAUCGUCAAUCCAGAUCUCGCUUCUUUCUUACAUCCUGGUUGGUAGAGUGGUAUAGAAAAAUGGGUCUUUCAUUCGCGAAGCUGUUCAGCAGUCUCUUCUCCAAGAAGGAGAUGCGAAUCCUGAUGGUGGGUCUCGAUGCCGCUGGUAAAACCACCAUUCUUUACAAGCUCAAGCUGGGGGAGAUCGUCACCACUAUCCCCACAAUUGGAUUCAAUGUUGAAACCGUGGAGUACAAGAACAUCAGCUUCACAGUCUGGGAUGUCGGGGGUCAGGACAAGGUAUUACUCCUCUUUCCAAGAUCUGUCGCUUACUGGAGAUAGGCUGUUCUAACUUUGUGAUUUGCCUUAUGAUGAGUGCAUCUUGCUAAAAUAAUUUUUGGCAUACAGAUCAGUAUUAGAUGUAUGCUUGUGCUUGUGUUUGUGAUGCAUGAUAACCGUUAUAUAAGGAGAAUCAAAAUGACCGUGUAUUACUAUUAUUCACAAGGUGCUUAGCCACAUAUUGAGAGUAGGGUAGUGAUUAUGCAUGCUGGAUGAAAGGAGUGUGCUUUUGCCUUGUGAGCAACUGAGCAUGCCUUUUGCUGAGUUCUUCUUGGGUUUUCAUGCAAGUGUCAUAGGAUAUGCCUUGUCUGAGUGCCUAAUAUCUUCAUUUGUUCUUUUUAUUCUUAAGAUCCGACCCUUGUGGAGGCACUACUUCCAAAACACACAAGGGCUGAUAUUUGUGGUGGACAGCAAUGAUCGUGACCGUGUUGUUGAGGCUAGAGAUGAGCUGCACAGGAUGCUGAAUGAGGACGAACUAAGGGAUGCCGUGCUGUUGGUGUUUGCAAACAAGCAAGAUCUUCCUAAUGCAAUGAAUGCUGCUGAGAUAACCGACAAGCUUGGCCUUCACUCUCUGAGACAACGCCACUGGUACAUCCAGAGCACUUGUGCCACAUCUGGGGAGGGACUCUAUGAAGGACUGGAUUGGCUCUCCAACAACAUUGCUAGCAAGGCUUGAGUGUCUUUUUGUCAGGAUCCGACGAAAGAGAUUUAGCAGUGGGUUCCGUUGUCGAAAGUUUUCUUUAUUGUGCAUGUACUCUACUCUUAGAAUUCCAGAAAGUUUGUAUGUACACUACUGUCAAUUUUUUCAUGUUAUUUCUGUUUCCUUUUCCCCGUUUUUAUGCUUUGAAGGAGUGUUGUGGAAUAAACCAUGGUGCAAUUUUAGUUGAAUUCUUGAUUUUGUUACCUCUUUUAUCAUUAGUGUUUUCAUGUUGGUGCUUCAUUGUUCCACCUGGUUGGAUUUGGUCCGGGAGUUGCAUCUUGCAUGCAUGUUUUGUGGUUUCAGUGUUCGCAUCUGUUUGACAAAACAUGUACAUGGUUUGUUUAUAACGUACUGCCAUUCGAAUGGCGGCCAAAGAGACUGGUAAGGUGCACACAUACAUUGAAGCCUGUAUUUUAUAGUAUUCAUACAGGGAAAGUCUCGUCGGACCCUAAUAUUGAUACGGUUGCAUGAGUAGUUC